UUGUUUUUUUAGAUAGAAAAAUUCAUAAAUGUAAGCUUCUCAAUAUCAAUGCAUUUUUAUGAGUAAACAGAAGGAAGAGUACUAAAUGGAAAUCGAAAAAAGAAGAGAAAUAAAAUCUGGGGCCCAUGAUGGGGAAAUUGGUUAAUAGCGACAUGAAUGAUAAAAUUCAUAUGAACUACUCUCAUUUACUGGCCUUUCUCAACCCCCAUCCUCUUUCGAGAGGCCACAUUCUAGUCACUUUCGGUCGGCUUAUAAAGGCUAACUCAGUGCUCAAAGCUUCAUAGUACGAUCCCAUGCUAAAGAAAAAAAAAAUGGAUGCUUAUAGCAGAAGGCUACUGUUUUUGAUCUUUGCAUUUGCAUCAGUAAGUGGAGGGUAUGCGCAAGAACCAACCACUCUUGUUCCAGCAAUCAUAACCUUUGGUGACUCUGUGGUAGAUGUCGGCAACAAUGACUAUCUCCCCACCAUCUUCAAGGCUAAUUACCCGCCUUACGGAAGGGACUUCCCAAACCAUAAGCCUACCGGGAGGUUUUGCAAUGGAAAAUUAGCCACUGACAUCACUGCUGAAACUCUGGGGUUUACAACCUAUCCACCAGCAUAUCUUAGCCCAGAAGCAUCAGGGAAGAACCUUCUCAUUGGAGCCAAUUUUGCUUCAGCUGGAUCUGGCUAUGAUGACAAAGCUGCCAUGAUCAAUCAUGCUAUCACAUUGACCCGGCAGGUAGAGUAUUUCAAGGAGUAUCAGGCAAAGCUAGCAAAGGUCGCUGGCAGUAGCAAAUCAGCAUCCAUCAUUAAGGAUGCACUGUAUUUAUUGAGCGCUGGAAGCGGUGACUUUCUCCAGAACUACUAUGUCAAUCCUUUACUUAACCAAGCCUAUACUCCAGACCAAUACGGCUCAUUCCUUAUUGAUACCUUCACAAGUUUUGUCAAGAACUUGUAUGGCUUGGGAGCCAGGAAAAUUGGAGCUACUUCUCUCCCACCAUUAGGUUGUGUUCCCUUAGCAAGAACAUUGUUUGGUUACCACGAGAAGGGAUGUGUCUCCAGGUUCAACACCGAUGCCCAGCAAUUCAAUAAAAAGCUAAACUCGGCUGCAGCCAAUCUCCAGAAGCAGCAUCCUGAUCUUAAGAUUGUGGUUUUUGACAUUUUCAAGGCACUUAACGAUAUUGUUAAAUCUCCAUCAAACUAUGGGUUUGUGGAAGCAACAAGAGGCUGCUGUGGAACAGGGACAGUAGAGACAACCGCAUUCUUGUGCAAUCCAAACACACCUGGAACUUGUUCCAACGCCACCCAGUAUGUGUUUUGGGACAGUGUUCACCCAUCUCAGGCUGCUAAUCAGGUCCUUGCUGAUGCAUUGAUUGUUCAGGGCAUUACCCUCAUUUGAUUCCCAAGGACAGUCUACUAG